GUGCAAAUCAAAAUAGGAAAAACCAAAAGGAACAAAAAAUGCCUCAUUGUGCUGGAAGGAAGAGCUUUGCUCGUAGGAGAGCAGAAAAGACUUUUGAAGGCGUGGAGCCUUCUCGGGCACAAGUUUUUAUUGACACUCAUAAGGAUAGAAAGACGAAGGACAAAAAGAAAAUUGAUGAAGAAUCAGCUCGAGCAGUUGACCUGAUGAAAGAAAAACUAGCUGAACUUCCUGGUGGAGUUGAACAGUCUAAAGGACGAAUUGCUUGGCAAGGUGAUGUUUUUGAUCAAGUUAUUAACAAGCCGGAAAGGUGUGGAAAAGUGCGUGGAGUGGGAUUUGGAGUUUUGCCUUCCAGUGUACGGGACAAAACAACAAUAAACCAAUCAAGUCAUACUUUAUCAAUUGAUGAUGUCUCCAACGAGCAAGUUGAGAAUCUAGUAGAGGAGAGGAUAAAGGUGAUACAAGAAAGCCAUAACCAAGCCAUGAAGAAUGUACUUGAGAGACAAGCUGGUCUGGAGAAGAAACUCUCAAAGCUAAUUGAAUUUCUGAUAGAAAAGGCAUCAAACGCAGAGGAGACUGACAUGAGUGAACAAGAUGAUGGCACUUUGACAUGGGGGUAAUGAAAUGCAAAGCUUAGGUAGCAACGCAUAAGGACGAUAACUCUUUAUUUGGCAAACGGUGAAGUUGGAUGUAUUUGGGGAAGCACAUGACUUUAUCGAGUUAUACUAUAUUAGAAGUUGCAUUGUAGUAGUUAAUUGGUUAUUUAUCUUGUCAACUGC